AUGACUCAAUAUAGUCCGAUUAAAUUAUUUGUUAAAAUAUGUGAUAUUAGAGGAGCUUGUAAUAUAAUUUAUGGAGACCCAUUAUCUAUUGACUAUACUACAAUAACUGAUACGGAAUUCAACAUUCAAAAAGAAAUUGUGAAAUCGGCAUUUAUAAGAACAGAUUACGAGACUGCACAUAAUCUCAUAUUUAUGGCAGCACUUACAUAUAAGAAUGCUGAUCAGAAAAGAUAUAAUGAAUGGCGAGACUAUAUAAAAGAUAUUAUGCAUAAAGAAAUAAAUAAAUUGGUGGAACACCCAACUACACAAUUUUAUAUCUCCCAUAAUGAAAUUAUACAAUUUGUCUCAAGAGCCAAAAAUAAUUUGGAAUUACUUGAUUUAAAUGAUCCAUCGACUUUAGAAAAACUUCUGGAAGUUCUAGAUCAAAUAACUACAGUGAGUGCAAAUAAUGAUAUAGCAAGUCAAACCGAUGCGCAGGGAAAAAAUUUAGAAAUGUUGGAUAGAUAUAGGAGUUACUCCGGUGACCGAUACACAAAUAAUAAAGUAAAAACAAUCUCUGUGGAUUUGGCUUAUGUUGAAAUGAACUUGCAACUUAUACAAGAUAUACUCAAAUCAAGAAGUAGUAAUGGCUCUACGGAUAACAUAAAAGUUACCGAGAGAGUAAAUGCAUUGGUAGAGAAAAUGUGCUACAGUGAGCUAAUUCUUAAUGAGAACAUUAAAACAAAUUUUGCUAGUAUAAGCAUUUCUAAAAUGACAGGGAAUUAUCUAUUAAAAAAGGAAUUUUCCAUUUCUGCUAUUCAUACCAAAGAGGAAGGCUCAUUUAAGAUACGUCAAGCAAAUUUAAUAUCUGAAACAACUCCAUAUUGUGUGUCGAUAGUGCAAUAUACUGAAGAUUUUUUUACUAAUCAAAAUAACUACGUUAUUAACCUCGCCGUCUUUGACUUAAAAAUCCUAACGUCUGUAUUAGAUUGGAAAGCCAAUGAAGCACAUCAGGACCCGCAUACUCAUAGUUUACAAAUAAAAUUAGCGAAAUCUAAAUCAGAUGAAAAUAUUUGCCUCUCUAGAAGGAAUAGGAAUAGUGCUUGGGUAACAGACAAUUGCAAGGUUAAGGCUGUUAGUAUUCUACAUGUGUUCUGUAGUUGCUUCUACUUAGGAUACUUCAGACUGCAAGUACCAGGAAUCGAAAAAUACGUUAUUAAUACUUUUUAA